AUUAAAAUAUUCAUUUAUCAAACAGCCAUCAUGAAAGUAAUGUGGAUAAUUGUAAUUGUGGCCAUAGCUGGUCUCGAAUAUAGUACAAUAUUGGGAGCACCGCUAACAAAAUGGUUUAAAACCGACAAUAAUACCUACUACAUUGAAGAAGACAAAAAGUUCACCUUCCAGCAGUCCUAUGAGCAAUGUUUAAGCAAAAAUAUGGGUUUAAUAACUCUCAAAACUUAUAGAGAGGAUGCAUUGUUGCUUAAGUAUAUUAGCCAGAGCUUUGAUCCUCAGCCAGAAUUUUGGCUUAAUGCUGUUGAAAAAGUUGAUAUGCAAGAUAUCAAUAAAUUAUUGGGCUCUAUGUUGGCGGCCAACUUUUUGAAUAUAAAAUUAGAUGGUGUUAAUGAUCCUCAAAUUAUUCAAACUAAUAAUUCAGAUAACUGUGCUGUGACUGUGGAAGGUGCCGUUAAAGAUUGUGACACUUUGCGUGGUUUCAUAUGCUACCAAAAUCAAUCCCAAACUAAUGGUGGCCAGAAUGUGCAAAAUAUUGUAUUGAAAUUUAAUUGAAAUACUUGAAUGUGUAAUUGAGUUUUAGUAUGUGGAAUAUUUAAAAUUUAUUGAAUAUAAUAAAAGUAAAGAUAUGCAGGGAA